AUGACUGAUUUUUCUUCAAUCCAGAACUCGGUGUUGGUCGCCGCGCGAGAUGCAGCGCUGCAAAAACAGGCAGCCAAUACCCUGGACGGGAAAGUGGCUAUCGUGUCAGGGUCAAGUUCAGGAAUAGGGAAAGCAAUUGCUGUCGAACUAGCAUCUCGAGGUGCAGCGGUUAUCAUCAAUUAUCCUCUGCCAAGUCUCGAGGCCGAAGCAACCGCUGUGCUAGAACUUCUCCCAACACCGUCGAAAGCUGUAUGUGCGGACAUGGGCUCGAAAGACGGUCCUGCACUAGUAGUGGAAGCGGCUGUUAAAGCGUUUGGAAAGAUCGACAUUAUAGUCAAUAAUGCAGCUAUCGCUGUCAACAAACCGUUUGAGGAGCAAACGCUGGACGAUUGGAAUCGGCUGGUCAACGUCAACGGACGAGGAGUCUUCCUGCUUACCCAGGCCGCACUACCGUACCUCACACAGCCCGGAAGCAGGAUCGUCAACAUCUGCAGUGCAUCGUCGCGAGCACCUCCGCCCCUGCAGACCAUCUACGCGGGGACGAAAGGCAUGGUGGACAGCUUUACUCGUUGCUGGGCCAAGGAGCUGUCGCGGAAAUAUGGGUGUACAGUAAAUGCUGUCAGUCCAGGACCAACACGGACCGAAGGGUUUGCGGCAGCUGGACCAGAGGCCAUGAAGAUCUUGCAGCCGACAAUUGACAGUAUUCCAGCUGCUCCAAGAAUGGCAGAAGCUUCGGAGAUUGCAUACGCGGUUGCAUUUCUGUGCGAAGAGAGGGCCAGGUGGAUUAAUGGAUUGCAUCUUCAUGCAAACGGCGGCCUGGUUGUGGACUGA